CCAGUGGGAGGGUUUUCUUGCAGCCUGCAGAUCUCCUCGGUCGUAUUCACCUAUGCACGUAAACCCCGCAUGUAAGUGAAAAAAUGUCGCGUUUUGUCUCGAUCUGUCUGCAGCUUUUAACACCACGUGCGCAGUAACAUUGCAGUCGAACAGACGCUGUGACAUUCACCGAGCGAACACUCAUCAACGGCUUCCGAUCAGACUAUGUGCCAUGGCAUCUUCUCUGAUGAGUCUGGUGAAUGAUGAUAGCAGGUACCAGAAAUCCUUCCAGCUUUUUCUGGAGCGUUCCUCUGAGCAUCAGUGUAUGCAGGACUUCAUCCACAACAGGCUGCCAGAUAUACUGGCCAGCAUUGGAGAUGGAAAGUCCCAUUUAAAUGUCAUUGGAGUUGGAAGUGGAGCUGGUGAGAUUGACCUAAAGAUGCUCUCCGAGCUCCGUAUGAAGCACCCUGGGGUGACUGUGGAUAACGAGGUGGUGGAGCCUAGCAGCCAGCAGCUGCAUAAUUACAAAGUUUUAGUGUCACAGAAACCAGGUUUAGAUUACAUCAAAUUUACCUGGAACAAGAUGACUGCCUCUCAGUUUGAGGAGCUUUGGAAUGUGAAAAAGAUGACAAAGAAAGCCGACUUCAUUCACAUGAUACAGAUGCUGUACUAUGUGAAGGAUCCUGGAGCUACCGUCAGCUUCUUCCAAAGUCUCCUCAACAAGAAUGGGAAGCUUCUUAUCAUCCUAGUCUCUGAGGAGAGUGGGUGGGGAAAGCUGUGGAAGGCAUACAAGGAGCAGCUUUGUAACACGGAAAUAAGUCAGUGUGUGACCGCCGGAGACAUCAAAGGCUUCCUGGACUCCAAUGGAGUGAGCUACAAGAGCUACGAGCUGCCAUCCCAACUGGAUAUCACCGAGUGUUUCACUGAAGGCGAUGAGAAGGGAGAGCUGCUGCUUGAUUUUCUCACGGAGGUGCUGGACUUCAGUAGGACGGCCUCACCUGAGCUGAAAGCUGGCGUCACGGAGUUGCUUCGACACCCAGACUGUAGUGUGGUGUCUGACGGCAAAGUUAUCUUCAACAACAAUCUUGGAGUGAUAGUCUUAGAUCAGCUCUCUUAAAAACAGUUGGUUAGUAUAAUGAAUGUGAAAUGUGCCGUAUUUUGGUAACAUAGCUGUUGAUUUUUAAACAGCUUGAUUGUUCAAAAUUAUACAUUGUAUCUUAUAAUGUAUGUAAUUAACAAGCUUUUAGCAUAUGUGGGAAAUACCUUGUUUUAUGACCUGAACUAUCUCCGUCUAUUUUGAUUUUGAUACGUUCUCUAACAGCACUUAUUUUGGGUUAAUAUGGUAUUAAUUAUAAAUGUGUAUAAUGUGCUAUGCUUGGGCAAAUUGAAUAUUAGCUUAAUUGUAUUUUUUUUUUAAUGAACAAGGUUUGUUUCAUUGUCAUGAUCAAAUUUUCUAACGAGUAUUACAGUUUUAAUCAGCUUCAGAUUCUAACAUCAUAUAAUUUUAAUGGGCUACAGUUGGCUGGCUGUGUGGCCAACCCCAUUACACUGCUGCUCUCCCUGGAUCAAAUUACUUUGGAAAUAUAAAAAUAAAUGUUAAAUUGAG